AUGUCCGGUGCUAGGAAUAUUUCAGUCGCUCUGCGAAGGGCUCGUGUGCCCAAGCCUCGCUGCUUGUUCCGCCCUGUCGCUGCGGUCCAGACUCCUUCCCUGGCCGCCACACGCACCUUCACCGUUACCGCCCGCGCCAAUGCGACCAAGGAGAUUCAGUACACCACCAAUGCUUAUCCUAACCUCAAGCGCGAUCCGAAGUUCGCCGAAAUUUCCGUCGAGGAUGUGAAAUACUUCAAGGAGCUGCUGGGCGCACAGUCCGCCGUGAUCGAUGGAGUGACCGCUGACAGCGCUGAUGAUAUCGAACCCUUCAACAGCGACUGGAUGCGCAAGUACCGUGGCCAGACCAAGUUGGUCCUGAAGCCCCAGAGCACUGAGGAGGUUAGCAAGGUGUUACAAUACUGCAACGAGAAGAAGUUGGCCGUUGUGCCCCAGGGAGGCAACACGGGUUUGGUAGGAGGCUCCGUGCCCGUCUUCGACGAGAUUGUCAUCAACCUCUCUCGCAUGAAUCAGAUCCACUCCUUCGAUGAAGCCUCCGGAGUCUUGGUGGUUGACUCUGGUGUCAUCCUGGAGGUGGCUGACCAGUACUUGGCCGAGCGGAACCACCUUUUCCCGCUGGACCUGGGUGCUAAGGGCUCAUGCCAUGUCGGCGGUAACGUUGCCACCAACGCCGGUGGUCUGCGUCUGCUCCGCUAUGGCAGUCUUCACGGUACUGUGCUUGGCGUUGAAGCCGUGCUGGCAGAUGGAACCGUCGUGGAUGCUAUGUCGACCCUGCGCAAGAACAACACUGGCUAUGAUUUGAAGCAACUGUUCAUUGGCGCCGAAGGUACCAUUGGCAUCAUUACGAAGGCCGUCAACGUCGCUUAUUUCGGUCUGGAGAGCUAUGACAUGGUCCGCAAGGCUUACCAGGAAGCCAAGGGACACCUGUCCGAAAUCCUUUCCGCUUUCGAAUUGAUGGAUGGGCGCACUCAGAAGCUGGUUCACGAGUCGACUGGCAACAACUAUCCCCUCGAGACCGAGUAUCCUUUCUACUGUCUGGUGGAGACUAGUGGUUCCAACGCUGAACACGACAUGGCCAAGCUGGAGACCUUCUUGGAACAUGUCAUGGGCGAGGGUAUUGUCGCAGAUGGUGUUUUGGCUCAGGAUGAGACCCAAUUUCACUCGAUCUGGCGGUGGAGAGAGGGUAUUACGGAGGCUUUGAGCCACCUGGGCGGAACCUAUAAGUAUGACGUCUCCAUUCCUCUGUCCGAGCUGUACCAGCUGGUUGAGGACUGCAAGGAGCGUUUGACGAAGCUUGGCUUCGUGGGUGAUGACGAUUCCUUCCCUGUUCGGGCCGUUGUCGGCUAUGGUCACAUGGGUGAUUCCAACCUGCACUUGAACAUUUCUGUGCGGCAGUACAACAAGGAAGUCGAGAAGGCCAUCGAGCCUUGGGUGUAUGAGUGGAUCCAGCAGCGCAAAGGUAGCAUCAGCGCGGAACACGGCCUAGGUCUGGCGAAGAAGGAGUUUAUCGGAUACAGCCAGAAUGAGACGAUGGUGAAGUUGAUGAAGCAGUUGAAGAACUUCACUCGCUAUCUUCCCACUUCUUUCCCCCUCAUUUCUCUAUCUUCUAUCUACAGGGCCAGCUACGGCUUGCACGCGAUCAAAAUGGAGGACGACAUGGCGAGUCACUACCAGAUGAUGGAAGAGCUGGGCAGUGGCAGCUUUGGAACGGUAUACAAAGCCAUUGACAAGGCUACGGGCGAGAUCGUAGCGAUCAAGCAUAUCGAUCUCGAGUCCAGUGAAGACGAUAUCCAGGAAAUCCAGCAGGAGAUCUCGGUCCUUGCCACCUGCGCCAGCCCAUUCGUCACGCAAUACAAGGCUAGUUUUCUACGAGGACAUAAGUUGUGGAUUGUGAUGGAAUUCCUCGGGGGAGGAUCGUGUCUGGACCUGAUCCACCGCGACAUCAAAGCCGCCAAUGUACUUUUGUCGCACACGGGCAAAGUGAAGCUGGCGGAUUUCGGAGUUGCCGCGCAAUUGAUCAACAUCAAAUCUCAGCGCAACACAUUCGUCGGAACACCGUUCUGGAUGGCCCCCGAAGUCAUUCAACAGGCUGGGUAUGAUUAUAAGGCGGACAUCUGGUCGCUCGGAAUUACGGCGAUCGAAAUGAUCAACGGCGAGCCGCCUCAUGCGAGCACCCACCCCAUGAAGGUGCUCUUCCUUAUCCCCAAAGAACCCGCCCCGCGCCUACAGGGAGAUCAGUACAGCAAUACCUUUAAAGACUUCAUCGCACAGUGUUUGACCAAGGACCCCGACCGGAGACCGAGCGCGAAGGAGCUUCUGCGACAUAAAUUUAUCCGCAAUGCGGGAAAAACGGAGGCGCUACAGGAGUUGAUUCAUCGCAAGCAGGAUUUUGAUGCUGGACGAGGAGUGACCCACAAGAUUAAAUAUUAUGCGGAGUCGCUGAAUACUAUUCGGAACCUGAACGACGACGACGGGUGGAUCUUCGAUACCGUGAAAGCUUCUACGACGACUAUACGUGAAGUCGAAGACGAUGAGGAGAAUGGGCCAGAGCCAGACCCAGAGCCGCAGGAAGACUGGGUUUUCGACGAAACCGCCGACAUGAUGGACGAUCUUUACGUGUCCAGCCCUCCGUCAAAGCAUACGAACAACACCGCGGUACGACGAGCUCAAGCUCCCGACCACAGUCCAUCAAUCCGGCGGGCCAAGCGACGGUCGAGUGGAGUGAAGCAGCCACUCGGAGUGGAUAUGAGUUUCGGCAACAGCCCGUCGACGGUGCGGCAGUUCCGUCGGGUGUCGGACAAUAAGAGCCCUAGCGACGCAUCUUACCCGCCGCAGUACCUGUUCGGAGGGGACGAAAACGCCAGUCCCAAGACGCUAUUUUCCGAGCCGAACAGCAAGGAAGCGCAACUGGGGCGUCGGGCGUACAGCAAGGCGGUCGGGCUCGCCUGCCAGGAAGUGUUGGGGACCACGGGCGACCAAGAGAAGCGGGAAGCGAUCUCACGACUGGCGGAGGCCUGGAGUGAUCUGGAGAUGGUCGAUCCCGAGGGACUCUAUCAUAUUCUCAGAGCGACGACGGAGAAGCUACAGAGGUAA